AGGGGAAGGAGGUGCGGGCACCCAAUCGGAAUCGACGAUCCAACACGAUGGGGAGUCUGUAGGUCCAGGUUCCUCGCGCCCGACCGUUGUGCCUAGGUAUUUUACACAAAUGUAAGUAUGUUGGUUGGUAGACAUCGCCGACGUGGUCUGGCGGGCGGGCGUGAAGUGGUGGCUGGAGCCUGGAGCCUGGGGGGAACUCCGAUGCGGACAAGGUGGCAGUCCUUCUUUGUUGCGUUCUCCAGAGUCCAGUGCGGGUUCUUUCCCCAGCCCCAUUUUCUCGCCGGGGCGAUGUCGAAUGGUCACAAAAUCAGGUUCCAUUAUUACGCCUUCAAGACGGCUCUUGAUUGGCUGCCCAUCACGUCACCUCUCGCUAGCGGCGGCUCUUUGGCACCCCAAAAACUUCGAAUCCAUGCUACACCACGCAAAAUCACUGCCCACGCAGAAUCCGCCGACAGGAUAACAACAGCAACUCGUCGCAGCGGGACGAGAGCAACGCGAGAAAUGCCGCUUAGAAACCAGAAUCCCAAAAAGAAGAACCGGGGUUGGCAGCGAGGCAUCGAGCUCGGCGGAACCAGCAUGGAGCUCCGGAUCCGAUCGAAACUCUACUAUAUGUGGUUAUCCAGAGUGUUCUGCACUAGGAUAUUAGGUUGGAGUCCGUGUAUCAAAACGGCCGCCCUCCCCCUCUCACCUCAUCUUGCCCCAUAAAUUCACUUUCGAUCUUUCCGUUAUUCCUUCACUGCACUCGCCUGUCCAACCGUCCCCUCCCCCGCCCUACCGACCGACCGACCGACU